AUGAGCAUUGCUAUUAGAGCCACUUUUUGGGUGAUGACCAUUGGCGGAAUAACUUAUGCACUGUUCAAGGUGGUCAAACCAAAUGAUGAGCUACUUAAAGAGUUUGAUCAAGGAUCUAAACACACAGACACCAGGAAAUUGUCCCGUGAAACUGUAGCUAUAUUGAAAGAGGCUGCUAAUCCAGAAUCUGAUAUAAAACGACUAAGCAAGAGAGAUGCACAAAGACUAGAAAAAUUACAGAAGGCACACAAGGCCAGGGAACAGGUAGAUGCUAGCGACGAAAAUGAGGAUUACUUCUCUGGAGCCUUCAAAAUGAAGUCUGAAUACAUUGAAGACAUGUUGUCCCAAAUACCAACAAUGGAAGCCAAGGUCCUUCCUUCCCACUUCGACAACAUCAAACGAGAAGCUAAUGAAUUACAGAAGUAUGUCGUCACAUCCUCCUUUUUCUUGAAAGAAUUCAAUAUGCGCAAAUACUUGGGUAUUGUACAAAAUCUGCAAACUAAAUGUUAUGAAUUAGAAGAUAUUUAUGUCCCACGCAAAAAGUUUGGUUUCUCUAAGAAGAAGUUGCCCAAAUCACAUACAGAGAAGCAGAGUUCGUUAGAUGAAAAUGACGGCGCUGGCAAGACAGAUAGCAAUAAAUGGGAUGAGAAACUCUUUGGUUUUGACUCCUUCUCAAAUAAGGUGCUUUCUCUUGAAAAUGAUGAAUUAUUUCAGAGGGAUGUGACACUGCGCAACUUAAAAAAUUGUACAGUAACCCUGAAAGGAGUUAUGGGCACCUUACACAUGAGCAAUUUAGAUAACUGCAUAGUGCUUUCUGGACCAGUGACUUCGUCUGUAUUCGUAGAAAAAUGCACAAACUCGAAAAUUGUAGCCGCCUGCCAACAGCUUCGCAUGCAUAGUUCUGUGAGAUGUGACGUUUACCUCCAUGUGACGAGUAAAGGAAUUGUUGAGGAUUGUUCUGAAAUUCGGACUGCACCAUACAACUUGUAUUAUGAAGACUUGGAGAAACACUUUAACAUGUCAUCUCUAGAUAAGAAAGUGAAUAAUUGGGAUUGUUUAGAUGACUUCAAUUGGCUGGCUCCUGAUGUUCCAUCUCCCAAUUGGUCAGUUUUGGAUGUCAAGCAUAGAGUAACUAACUGGGAUGAGUGGUGGGCAAAAACUCCACCCUUGUGAGAAACACUCAGAGCACAAAAAAUGGAUUUCACUAUGAAAUUCUUUGUGCUCAUUAUAACAUUAAUGUGGUACACAAACAUUAUGCAAUUUAUUUAUGAAAAAUUUUCUGAGUUCUUUGCAAGCAAUGAUUAGGAUUCAAAGUUAUGGAACUGCUUAAAUUGUCAUCUUUGUAAUAUAAAAAUAUUGCCUUUGUUUUUACUAAGAACCAACACUUAUUAAGUACUAACAAUGAAACUAAUAAAUAUUAAAGUGCUCUUGCAAUUUGUAUAGUUUUAUAUAUAAAAAUUGUAUGUUAUAAAUUUUACCAUCUAUUUGGCCUGUGAAUAAAAUUUCAAAUUUCAGAAAAUUGUAAGUAGAUAGAUUUGUUAGCAUCUUCUCUACUAAAGAUCAAUGAAGAAAACAGCUUAGUUAAAUGUCAAUAAAGCCUACGGUAGCAUUUACUAAAUUGAAUAAAUUAUGAAAUAAAUAUUUAAUAAAACA